AUGUCGAGUGACGAAGAUAAACCACCUGCGCCACCAGUGCGCCUUACCAGUAAUCGGGCAACAGAUCGAGGAGAUUCUGUUUCUUCAGUUGAUAUGAGGCCCUUACCAAAAGAACCGGAUGACGGAAGUGAUAGAAAGAAAAAGACACUGAAAGCUAAAAUAAAGGGCUCAAAGAGCACUGCCCACAAUGAUAACAAGCCAAAUAUUAGUUACCCUACUAAUUUUGAACAUACAGUUCAUGUUGGUUUUGAUGCUGUAACUGGAGAAUUCACAGGAAUGCCAGAAGCAUGGGCGAGACUGUUGAUGGCAUCUAACAUCAGCAAACAAGAACAAAAGAGCAAUCCUCAAGCAGUUCUCGAUGUUCUCAAGUGGUAUGAUGCCUCUGCCACCCAGCCACCAGUGUCAAAAUAUAUGACAUCUGCACAGAUGCAUACGACACAUUCAGGUUCUUCAGUAUCUCGGGUGUCGUCAAGCAGUCCCUCUUCAUCUACUCCUACUGAUACUGAGCAUCCAGAGCCGCCUCCGCCCCCUCCUUCUCGCCCAGACCGCACCAAGAGUAUUUAUACAAAACCAAUAGAGGAAGAGGAGGCACCUCCACCACGACCCACGCCGGCGCCAGCCUCUCCGCCGCAUGUCUCGCAUCCCGUUCUUACCACACAUUCAAUCUCGAGUAGGGCCGAGGUGGUAACAGUUGUUCCACCGUUGGACCGCAAUAAGAACCCAGCGCACACGCCACCUGCACACGCGCAACAAACGCCGCCUAACGGCGCGCCGGCCAACACUGACACAGGGUAUGUCAGAAGAUCGGCAGGUCAACAGCAGAGGAAAAAGAAAAUGACUGAUGAAGAAAUUUUAGAAAAACUAAGAACGAUUGUCAGCGUUGGCGAUCCUAAUAGGAAGUAUACCAAAAUGGAAAAGAUUGGCCAAGGGGCAUCAGGAACAGUCUUUACAGCAAUUGAAACCUCAACUGGAAUGGAAGUAGCCAUUAAACAGAUGAACUUAGGACAGCAGCCCAAAAAGGAACUUAUUAUAAAUGAGAUUCUUGUAAUGCGGGAGAAUAAACAUAACAAUGUUGUUAACUAUCUUGAUAGUUAUCUGGUCAAUGAGGAGUUAUGGGUGGUUAUGGAGUAUUUAGCAGGUGGAUCACUUACGGACGUGGUCACAGAGACGUGUAUGGACGAAGGCCAAAUUGCUGCAGUGUGUCGGGAGGUGCUGCAAGCGCUGCAUUUCCUACAUACAAACCACGUGAUACAUAGAGAUAUUAAAUCUGAUAAUAUAUUGCUUGGACUUGAUGGCCAAGUCAAACUGACGGAUUUCGGUUUCUGCGCGCAAAUAUCUCCAGAGCAAAACAAACGAACUACAAUGGUCGGCACGCCUUAUUGGAUGGCCCCAGAGGUUGUAACUAGGAAGCAAUAUGGACCAAAGGUGGAUGUUUGGUCUCUAGGUAUAAUGGCGAUUGAAAUGAUAGAAGGCGAGCCGCCUUACCUCAAUGAGAACCCACUGCGCGCCCUCUAUCUUAUCGCCACGAACGGAAAACCAGAUAUAAAAGAUAAGGACAAAUUAAGUGCAGUCUUCCAGGACUUCUUGGACCAGUGUCUGGAAGUUGACGUGGAGAGCCGCGCUACUGCACUUGACUUAUUAAAGCACCCAUUCUUAAAAAUGGCUCGACCGCUAGCUUCGUUGACGCCGUUAAUUAUGGCAGCGAAAGAGGCGGCUAAGGGGCAUUAG